AGAAAACACGUGAUUAAUACGGCGGGAAAGGCUUUGUUGUUGAUUGAUAAUCGAGCGAAGCCAUCAUGGAUGUCGUUGAUCAAGCUCAACAAACUAAUCAAAUCAAAGAUCAAGUCGGUGAAAGAUGUCAGAAAUUAUUUCAGGAUUUUCUGGAAGAAUUUGCUUCAGAUGGAGAAUCAAAAUAUUUAUCGGAAGUUCAAGAGUUGAUUCGACCAGAGCGAAAUACGCUGACAGUUGAUUUUGAAGAUGUAGAGAAAUAUAACCAACAGUUGGCCACAACUAUAUUAGAGGAAUAUUACAGAGUUUAUCCGUUUAUAUGUCGAGCUGUUAGAAAUUAUGCUAAAGAUUGGGGACAGAUUCCUCCAUUAAAGGAAUUUUAUGUCAGCUUUACAGAAGUACCAACCAGAUUGAAAGUUCGUGAAAUGACAACAGCUAAAAUAGGAACAUUAUUACGUAUAACUGGUCAAGUUGUACGAACCCAUCCUGUACAUCCCGAGUUGGUUAGUGGAACAUUCAUGUGUUUGGACUGUCGUACUGUCAUUAAGGAUGUCGAACAACAGUUUAAAUUUACACAGCCUACAAUAUGUAGAAAUCCUGUGUGUAAUAAUCGGCAGAGAUUUAUGUUAGAUGUCAACAAAUCAAGAUUUGUAGAUUUUCAGAAAGUUAGAAUACAAGAAACACAAGCUGAAUUACCACGUGGUAGUAUACCUAGAAGUGUAGAGAUAGUAUUAAGAGCAGAAGCAGUAGAAACAGCCCAAGCUGGAGAUAAAUGUGACUUCACUGGAACGCUUAUUGUUGUACCAGAUGUCAGUACUAUUGCUACACCAGGACAAGGUAGAGUUGAGACUGGUGCAAGAGUUCGCGGUAACCAGGGUAACGAGAUGGAAGGUGUUAGAGGCUUAAGAGCACUGGGUGUCAGAGACUUAACAUAUAGACUUGCUUUUCUAGCCUGUACAGUAUCUUCUAGUAACCCUAGAUUUGGUGGUCGUGACUUUCGUGAAGAAGAGAUGACUGCAGAAACAAUUAAAAAACAAAUGACAGAUGAAGAAUGGCAGAAGGUUUAUGAAAUGAGUCAUGAUAAGAAUUUAUAUCAUAAUUUAUGUACAAGUUUAUUCCCCACAAUACAUGGUAAUGAAGAGGUCAAGAGAGGUAUAUUAUUGAUGUUAUUUGGUGGAGUACCUAAAACUACAGGCGAGGGAACCAAAUUACGAGGAGAUAUUAAUGUAUGUGUUGUCGGGGAUCCCAGUACAGCUAAAAGUCAAUUUCUUAAACAGGUAGAAGAGUUUUCACCGAGAGCUGUAUAUACAAGUGGUAAAGCCAGUACAGCAGCUGGUCUGACCGCAGCCGUGGUACGAGAUGAAGAAUCACAUGAAUUUGUUAUAGAAGCUGGAGCGUUGAUGUUGGCUGACAAUGGCGUGUGUUGUAUCGACGAAUUUGAUAAAAUGGAUCCAAAAGAUCAGGUGGCUAUUCAUGAAGCCAUGGAACAGCAGACAAUAUCUAUUACUAAAGCUGGUGUUAGGGCUACUCUCAAUGCAAGAACAUCAAUUCUAGCUGCAGCUAAUCCCAUUGGUGGACGGUAUGACCGAACGAAAUCAUUAAAACAGAAUAUAUCAUUAACAGCACCUAUCAUGUCACGAUUUGAUCUUUUCUUUAUUCUGGUUGAUGAAUGUAAUGAGGUAACAGAUUAUGCUAUUGCUAGAAGAAUUGUAGAAUUACACAGUCAUAAUGAACAAUCAUAUGAGCGUGUUUAUAGUGUAGAAGAUAUCACACGAUAUAUAUUAUUUGCCAGACAGUUUAAACCUAAGAUAAAGAAAGAGUCUAAAGAUUAUAUGGUUGAUGAAUACAAGAGAUUACGUCAGCGAGAUGGACAAGGUGCCGCUAAAUCAGCAUGGAGAAUUACAGUGCGACAACUGGAGAGUAUGAUCCGACUCUCAGAAUCUAUGGCUAGAAUGCACUGUCAAGAUGAGGUACAACCAAAACAUGUAAAAGAAGCUUUUCGCUUGUUGAAUAAGUCUAUUAUUAGAGUAGAACAACCAGACAUCCAUCUUGAGGAGGAGGAUGACACAGAACAAAUGGAAGUAGAAGAUUCAGAAACUCCAGCUAGCCAGACACAACCAUCACAGGAAACAACAGAACAAGAUGACCAGACGGCAGCUAGUAAGAAAUCAUUGAAAUUAACGUAUGAGGAAUAUAAACACAUGGCCAAUCUACUUGUUGUGUAUAUGAGACGUAAAGAAGAGGCUGUAGAAGAUGACGAUGCCUUAGGUUUGCGGAAGAGUGAUCUGAUUGGUUGGUACUUACGAGAGAUUGAAGGUGAAAUUGAGUCGGAGUCAGAAUUAGUAGAGAGAAAAACUAUUGUAGAAAAAGUAAUAGACCGGCUUAUUCAACAUGAUCAUGUUUUGAUUGAGUUGAAACAGACAGGUUUAAAAACCAAGACAAAAAACGAUGAGGAUACAUUAGUACGAGAAGAUGACCCAAUUCUUGUUGUACAUCCAAAUUACGCUGCAGAUCAACAGUGAACAGAUGUUUUUGUAACAAAAAGUACCAUAUAAACUAUGCAAAUUCUAUCAUUAAGCUGUACAUCUCAAGAUGUUUGAAAUCAUUCAGAUACAUUUAACUCAUUUAUUGACCUAUCAUCACUGUCUUGUAUACUGGUGGUGAAGUUGUUGGGUUUUUUUAAGAGUUUACUAUAAUUUGAAAGCCAGUGCUACUACAAGAAUUCAAGUGCUUUUAAAACUCAUGUUUAUCAUCAACUCUGAUAAAUAUUUCUUGAAAUGAUUAAAAUGUAUUUGAAGGAAAACCACCUGUGCUGGUAUACAAAUAUGUCAAAGGUAUGUAGCUGUUGGAGAUUUGUUGAUCUGAUAGAAAUAGAAUUAUAUUGUGUAAAUACAAUGGAACUGUAAAUAGAAAUAUGUUUUGUAUAAUUUGUUGAAACCAUAAAAAUCAUGUGAAGAAUAUUAAUUAAAUGCUGUUGAAAA